AUGUUGGCGCCGGGAUGGGUUUAUUGGACAAUAUGUGCUUUGUCGAUCGGUGUCAGGAAUGUCGUUGGUGAUGAGGGACUCUCGAAAUCGAUAUGUCCGGCGCGAGGUGAAACGGAUGUGCAGCUAGCUACUGUUCAGUGGCCGAUCUGUGUUGAGGAUCGAUGGACGGAGCGAGAAACUGGGGAUUCAGUAACAUCAACGACGACGACAACGGUUGCGUCUACGGCAACAGAUUCACCAAGUCCUGGUGGCGUUGAUGAACAAGCCGGCCAUGAAGACCUUGAUACCGAAUCGCCACUUGAUAAUGCAAAUUUCCUAUCAUUCGAGGACUGGAAGAAGCAAAAUCUGGCCAAGGUUGGGCAGUCAGUUGAGAAUGUGGGAGGAAGUCGGCGAUCUGGCGCGGCUGGUAAAGAGUUCCGUGGGAGGCCGACGGGGAUAAACAAUGCGCUGGAUUCGCUAGGUGAAGAUACGGAGAUUGAAUUGGAUUUUGGAGGCUUUGGAACGACACAGGAGGCUACUGCGGCGACUGCGAAACCUACGCCUUUGGGUACGGCGGUGCAGCCUGGAUCGGGCUUGGGUGGUGUGGCCGAUAGAGACAGGCAUAUUGAGGAAGAACAUGCUUUGGCACACAGUGUUCCGCGGACGGGUAUGUCGCGACGGAAGGACGCCGGCACGACUUGCAAGGAGCGGUUCAAUUAUGCCUCGUUUGACUGUGCGGCGACUGUACUUAAGACAAACCGAGAAGGUAUGGGGUCGUCGUCGGUUCUGAUCGAGAACAAAGACAGCUACAUGCUGAAUGAGUGCCGGGCUGAGAACAAAUUCCUCAUUCUCGAGUUGUGCGAUGAUAUCCUUGUUGACACGGUCGUUCUCGCCAACUAUGAGUUCUUCAGCUCCAUUUUCCACACUUUCCGGGUUAGCGUAUCGGAUAGGUAUCCGGCCAAACUCGAUCAGUGGAAGGAAUUGGGAGUGUACGAAGCUCGUAAUACGCGAGAGGUGCAAGCAUUUGCUGUGGAGAACCCGCUGAUCUGGGCUCGGUACCUGAAGAUUGAGUUCUUGACCCAUUAUGGCCAUGAGUUCUACUGCCCUCUCAGUCUUAUCCGUGUACACGGCACCACCAUGUUGGAAGAGUACAAGCAUGAUGGUGAUGUUGGACGAGUGGAAGAUGAAAUGGACGAGACUUUGGAGGCUCCUGCUAUGGUAGAGGGGCGUGUGAAUCAUGCACACGAUUUCCCGGCCACGUCGACCGAAUUGGAUAGUACAGCAUCAGCGGAAGCGUGGUUCAAUCGCGGAAAGGAAAUCGAGACUCUUCUACUAAAAGGGCCAUUUGGCAUGACUGAUAUGUGUGGCGUCCAUGCGACGUCGGCUGACGUAGCUGGCUUUGAAGAGUUGACCCAGACGGAUGAUUCUACGACGCCGGGUAUUAAUGACGCUACAUCUGUUUCCAGUGUUGAGGAUACGGCUACUACCUCUGGAACUGAUUCAGCAUCAAAGGAAGCUAUGGUGGAUGUACAGAAAUCAUCUGGGUCGGUGAAUAGCACAUCGACGACGCUUACUAUGGUUUCUGAGACGACUCAGCAAAACGCGACAGAGACCGAUCCUCAGAAAGAAGAUACCGGUAGUUCGUCGCCAGAGGUGAUCCGUCCGACAACCACGACAACAUCAACUACACAACCACCAUCUCCCAAUCCGACAACCCAAGAAUCAUUUUUCAAAUCGGUCAACAAGCGGCUCCAGAUGCUAGAGUCAAACUCGACCCUGUCGCUUCUGUACAUCGAAGAGCAGUCGCGGAUCCUGCGCGAUGCGUUCAAUAAAGUCGAGAAACGGCAACUCGCGAAGACAUCUACUUUCCUGGAGAAUUUGAAUCGGACUGUCCUGGAUGAGCUGAAGCAGUUCCGGGAACAAUACGACCAAAUAUGGAAGACGGUGUUGCUGGAGUUUGAACACCAGCGUAUCCACCACCAUCAAGAACUGUACGCAAUGAGCGGCCAGCUAGGCGUCCUAGCAGAUGAGCUUGUCUUUCAGAAGCGGGUUGCAGUGGUCCAGAGCAUCAUGGUUCUCGUCUGCUUUGGCCUCAUCCUUUUCUCGCCCCGGGGUGUCGUGGGAAGCUACAUCGACUUCCCCAGUGUGCAAAACAUGGUCUCACGAUCGUACAGCAUGCGGUCCUCAUCCCCGACGUUUGGAUCCCCGACGAUGAGUCCGAGUUCGACGCGACCGGCCUCGUCGUAUCGCCAUAACCACAGUCACAGCCACCACCGGAGAAACAUCUCAGAAGACUCAGAGAAUGGCGGACUUUCCAGUCCGACGAUUGCGUAUUCUCCGCCUACUCCAACUUCCCCGACGUCGGACGAGGAAAGGGAGGAGCGACGUGACGAUGGUGGUGGUGAUGGGGAUGCUGAUACGUUGGCUAUGUCACCGGUGGAAUCGCAUGUGCGGUCGCGGAGCAGCCCACCUGUUCUGAACGGAUGUGUUAAUGAUGGACAUGCUGAUUAUGAGACUGUGGAAUCACCCGCAUCGCCUACUUCGCCGACAUGA